CACAUUGAUGCUAUAUAACAGUUGGUCGGCACGCAAUUUACUAUUAUUACAGUAAACACAAAUGUGACAAGGACGACGUCGCGCGCUAUAACAAUAAUUAUUCAUAAUAAAAUAUUGCCAUCGGGUAGGCCCGAUACUAUAACUAUAAGGAAUACUUUUCGAAUAUUAUUUCUAUUGUAGUCCUGUCCGUUAAUGUAAGUGGUCUCGAAUAAUGAGUUCCGUUGCGAUUUUGGGAAUCCCUUCAUUUUUCAUAAUAUUGUAGAAAACCUACGUCGCAGUUGCAUCGAUACUCAACCAUCGCAUCGAAACCACCACGACGCGGUGUAUACAACUUUGUCGUGCCGUGUAUUUGAAACGUUGUAGUUGUCGUUACUCGUUUGAUCGUCAGUGAAUUGCUGUUGCGAACAGUCGCGCAGUGCAGGUGCGCGGACGUGAUCAUCAUACUACUAUCGUGGAUACGAUUCGGGAACAAUACCACCGACGAACGGCAGACUAGGCGGUGAAGUACACGGUGCAAAUCACACCCCGGUAAUAAUAUUAUUACCAAGAGUAACCACUCUGGUCAAUUUUCAACAUCCGAAUAACACAUUUCGAUAAGAUUUCAAAAAUGGUAAAAAUUUGUAUUGUGGGAGCUGGCGUCGGUGGAACCGCCACUGCAGCCAGACUUAGUAAAAAAGGAUUCCAAGUUGAUGUAUAUGAAAAAAACUCAUACAACGGCGGAAGAUGUUCAUUGAUCAAACAUAACGGCCAUCGAUUUGAUCAAGGUCCGUCUCUGUACUUGAUGCCUAAGAUAUUUGAAGAAACGUUUCACGAUCUGGGAGAAGACAUUUACAAUCAUAUUGAACUAUUAAAAUGUCCAUCCAAUUAUAAGGUCUACUUUCAUGAUGGGGAAACUUUUGAAUUAACAACUGAUAUAUCGAAAUUGCAAAGAUCGCUAGAAAAAUUUGAAGGAGACGGGGAAGACACAUUUUUGCGAUUAUUAAGUUUUUUUAAAGAAACACAUGUGCAUUAUCAAAGAAGCGUUAAAGUAGCGUUAAAGACGGAUUUUCAGAAUUGGUAUGAUUUUUUCCAUCCAAAGCACAUUCCAGACGUGUUGAAACUUCAUUUGUUAGACACGGUUUACAAUAGAGCAUGUAAAUAUUUCAAAAGCGACUACAUGAGAAGAGCAUUCACGUUCCAAACAAUGUAUUUAGGAAUGUCGCCUUACGAUGGGUUAGCUCCGUACAACCUAUUGCAGUAUACAGAAUUGGCUGAGGGAAUUUGGUAUCCAAAAGGAGGUUUUCACAAAGUCAUUGAAAGCUUGGAGAGCAUAGCUGUCAAACACGGGGCCAAGUUCAACUACAACAGCGACGUCCAGGAAAUUAUCGUCAACGAUCAAGGUGAAGCAAAGGGAAUAAAGCUAAGCAACGGUGGAGUAAUCAACAGUGACAUUGUGAUUUGCAACGCCGACUUGGUCUAUGCGUACAACAAUUUGCUGCCAAAAACCAAGUAUGCUACAAAACUCGGCAAACAAGAACUCACUUCUUCUUCAAUAUCCUUUUACUGGUCUAUGAAUACAAUUGUCUCCCAAUUGAAAAUUCACAACAUAUUUUUGUCCGACAAGUAUAAGCCUAGUUUCGAUCAAAUAUUCAAGGACCACACUUUGCCUGACGAGCCUUCUUUUUAUAUAAACGUACCCAGUAGAAUCGACCCAACUGCAGCACCGGAAGGUAAAGAUACGGUCGUGGUUUUGGUUCCGGUUGGACAUUUAUCCGACAAGAUUAUUGACUUUGAUGAACUGGUAAAUCGAGCUCGAAGCCAUAUUAUUGAAACUAUUGAGAAAAGACUCAAGAUAUCUAAUUUCAGUAAUAUGAUCGAACAUGAGAUGGUAAACGAUCCCAGAACGUGGAAAAAAGAGUUUAACUUGUGGAAAGGAUCCAUAUUAGGACUAUCUCACAAAUUGUUUCAAGUAUUAUGGUUCCGGCCAAGUAUUCAGUGCAAAAUAUUCAAAAACUUAUACUUUGUUGGUGCUUCCGCACAACCUGGAACUGGUGUACCAAUUGUUCUAUGCGGAGCCCGACUAUUGGAGAAACAGAUAUGCAAAAGAUUUUUUGGAGAAAAAAAUGUCGCAAAUAACAACAAAUUAUUCAUAUCAUUACUUACGUUUGCAUUACUGUUUAUUUCCAUUUUAUAUUAUCUACUAUAAAAAACUUAGUCGUUUCUGUUCAAAUUAUUAUAAUAUAUUAUGUAUUAAAAAAUAAUUUGUAAGUGGAAAACAAAUUUUAAUAAUUAUUGUUGUUUGAUUAAUUAUGGAUUUGUACGUACAAAUUUUUCAAUUUUGUAUUAAUUAAUAAUUAUUUUUCUACAACUAGGCCUAAUCUUUUUAUGUAUUAAUGCUCAGUAUUAUUACAUUUAUUUAUGUUUAAUAAAAUAUUUGAUUAUCCGCUGUAGGUAUUAUGUAAUGGAUAGACAUUUUUUUUAGCAUUUAUCAAAUACACUAUAUGUAUACACU